AUUGAUAUAUAGGUAUACACUAACAGGUCACGCCGAGUUGUCAUAACAACGUCAUUACAUGUAAGAUAAAAAUAGUUUUUCCGGGAAGAAUUCAGACGCCCUUAGCACAAUGGCGGAACUCAAUGAGUUUGCGAACAAUCUUGAAAGAGAACUCACUUGUUCUAUAUGURCAGAGAUCUUUACCAACCCGAAGACGUUGAAAUGUCUACACAGUUUCUGUCUGAAAUGCAUAUCUGACUGGAACGCGUCAUGCAGACGGGAAAGACGACCACUUACGUGUCCUUUAUGUAAGGCAAUAGAGGGACUCGAAGGCAAUGACGUGUCUAGUCUUCCUUCUUCGUUUCAUCUUCAACCUCAAUUGCAACUUCUUCACAAUGUGAGAAUAAGUGCUGACUCUCGAGAACAGCAAGAAUUGCCAGACUGCUAUGUCAAAAACCGAAUGCAUUGUAAGAAAAGAUAUCACGACAACAAUAAGUUGGACUUUUACUGUACAACAUGCAAAGAAUGUAUUUGCCUGAAAUGUAACGCAACAGAACACAAACUACACCGCACAGUGACCGUUGAGGAAGCAGCAGAACAAGUAAAAGUGUUAAUAAUGCGAGAUAUGAAUCGAAUGCUGAAAGUUAAAGAAAAUUACGAAAAAGAACUUGAACUAUCUAAGAAGAAUAUGACAAGAAUUGAACAAGAAACUAACGCAGCAAUAAAGGAAGUCAGCGAUGAAGUCGAGAAACACUUCAAAGUCUUGAGAGAACAUAAAACAGCUGUGAUUGAAACCCUGCAGACUAAACUUCAGCAACAGAAAACACAGAACGACGAAGAACAAAGAGAAAUACGUGAUGAAAUCGAACGACUUUCUGAAUUCAACCUUCGAGGUCAGACAUUGGUCGAUGAAAAUGUAGUACAUUUCAUUGUCAAAAUCCAGCAUGAUCUUUCUCAAAGAUGUGAAACAUUUCUUGAAAUACAAUCAAUAUUGGCCAGCAAACCAAUUAAACGUAACGCAAGUGUACGGUACACACACAACCAACAAGUCACGCAAGCCCUGCAAGAUAUUGGAAAGGUUGUGGAGAGCGUGACUGAAACUUCAUGUUGUUCAAUUGAAAAUCUAAAUGACAUCAGGUGUGGCUUUGUCAAUCGUUUUGAGGUUGUAACUCAAAAUUCCCAGAAACAACCUCACAUUACUUGUCAAGGAUCCAUUGAUGUUCAAAUCCAAGAUGSCGAUGGCAUUAAUGUAGAGAAGGAAGUGAGUCAAAGUGAUACUGGGAAAUACACCGUGACGUACCGAGCAGAAAAAACAUGUGAUUACACAAUCCAUGUAAGAAUUGGUGGACAAAAGAUCGAGAACUCACCACAGACUGUGAAGACACGUGAUGUCAGAGACGAGUUUAAACCUGUGAAAACCUUUGGAGAGAAAGGAAGUGCAAGGGGACAGUUAAACUAUCCCCAGUCACUAGCAGUAAGUGAUAGAGGAGAGGUAGCCAUUGCUGACUAUGCUAAUCAUCGUAUUGUAGUAUUCAGUAUUGAUGGUGAAUAUUUGCGACAUUUUGGCGACAAAGGAACAGGAAAAGGUCAACUUACCUAUCCAGGUCGUGUGGUCUUUAAUAAAGACCGUUUACUUGUUACAGAUAAUAGCGAUGGUACCGGACGAUUACAGGAGUUUGACUUGAAUGGUACCUACUGCAGAACUAUUUACAAACAGCGAGGUGUUCAAUUAUCUGUUAUGUGUUCAGCACAUGAAAGCAUUGCAGUUUGUUAUAAAAUCCAAAACAGACCUCAGUCAGGAAUAAAAGUAUUCAAUAAACAAUCUGGUGAAAUAAUGCAAGAAAUUCCUUCUGUUAACAAUAAUGAUAUACCUUGUUACAUUACUUAUGGCAAUGGUAAAUACUUUGUAUCAAAUACAAACAGACACUCUAUCAGGGUUUAUGAUAAUAGCGGUGGAUUUCUCUACACAUUUAGAGAGGAAGGAAAUGGAGAUGGACAGUUCAAACGUCCAUGUGGUUUUGCUGUUAUAAGUGAUGUAAUCCUUGUUUGUGAUUCUUAUAAGGACUGUGCUCAGAUGCUGAAUCAAGACGGUCAGUUCAUAAGGUCUUUUGGUGGCAGUGGUUCAGGUCUUGGUCAAAUGAAUUCACCAGUAGAUAUCACAGUUACCCCAGAUGGUCGAGUUUUUGUACUUGAAUGUGGAAAUAGGCGUGUUCAUGUGUGGCGAUAGAAAUAUUGUAAACAAUAAUUAUACUUUUCUACGGACUUAAGUUACUACACACAAUUUACACACAAAAAUAGCAAAUAUAAAAGUAGAUGAUGUUGUUUAGAAAACAUUUUUGUAUCAGCUAGAACAGUUUAUCACUUUAAAUCAAUUUUUUCGCCUUGCAUUUGACUUUUGUUCGUACAGUGCGUUUUUUUAAUGUUUGCGUUCUUGAACAAUAUAAUUGAAAAUUACACAGGGAGCCCAAACAGUGUGCUUGCAAACAGUAUCUCUCUGACAGUAUCUCGUUGAUUAAUUUCUUAGAUUAAUAUUGGUUUGAAAUGCAAGCAAAUCGCAGAAUAACUACAGUGUAAAAAUUACAAAGGAGAGUAUACUAUUAAGGCCUACACUACAAUGAGAUACAGAGAUACAGAGAUACAGAGAUACAGAGAUACAAAGAUACAAAGAUACAAAGUU